UAUACUAUGCGGACACUUAAUGCACAAAGUUCGUACAUGAUGUCACGUUACAUCCAAAUGUAUUUAUAGACCACUUAUAAGGUGCUAGCUUAAGGUGCAAGUGUCAGCCACACAUUGACCUCGGACUGUUAUCGCAAAGUAGAAGAAGCAAAAAUAAUAAUAAUUGAGCUGUUCAAUACAAGCAACAGCAAAGCAUACUGAAAAAAGCCUCGCCGAUUUAUUAAAAUGUAUGUGGUUAGACUUAUAAUGUGCAUUACGUUUAUGGCGGCUUUGGUUGAUGUUGUUACGCCACGUGAUGAAGCUAAGCAGGAAAAAUCAUUCAGGUCCCACGCUUUUUCAAAAAAUGCGAGUAAUGAAGAUGACUUUGAAAAGGAUGAUAUCGGCUGGACUAAUAUCAACGAAGAAGUGGAUGUUGUAACACCAAUGGUCCUUUUGCAUCUGCAAAAGCUGGGUAUAGAACAUUUACAGUUGCCCGACAUGAAAGAGAGUAUAUCAAUAAAACCCCUGUUCAUCACAUACGAGGCGGGUCUCCAUUUGACUAAUGGGAUAGUCUACAACCUGUAUGGUAUAGCGCGACAUGGGGACGCGUUUAUGACGUAUGAAGGCAAAUCGUUCCUGAGCAGAUUUUAUUUAAAAAUAAAUAAACUUCAGUUCGAAUACAACUUUUUCCUUAAACUGAUGGCAAUUGAAGGAUAUGGAAAGGUUAUGGGUUCAUUGGAUGAUACGGUCGUAUAUGCCGAGUUAGCUGUAAACGUCAUCAACUCCAAGCUUCAUCUUCACGAUUUUCGUAUAAUGGAAUUCAGUAAUAUCCAUGUACAAUUAGAUCAGGCUCGGCUGAUAAGACAGCUGACUGGAAUUAUUUUAAGCCCUAUAACAAAUUUUUUUAAAGAUCGCAUAACAACCUCAAUAGCAGAUGGUCUUAAAGAUCAAAUGCAAUCAGUGAUGGAUGAUUUCAACAACGAGGAUCCGUUACAGCUACGUGAAUUUACCAAGAAAUUGUUAUCUGGAAUAACUGGAAACACGCCAGAAGAUCUUGAUUAAUACUACAUAUGUGAAUUAGUUUUUUAAGAACAAAUAUUCGUUUGAGUGGUAACAUUGUGGUUUCUGAUAAUAAACAGUUUUAUAA